UUAGAAAUGUAACUCAAUAUUACUUCUUUGGAACUGAAUUGCGAAGCUUUGCACAGUUUCACAGGUGAUGGGUUCCUGGCAUCCUAUCGCUAAUCUAAAGGAGUAUGUUUACGAGCACCCUCCGGGAGUCAUCUUUUUCUUGUGUGUGCUGACCCUUGCACUCACCUUCCUAAGCUUCGGGUCAUACACACAUACACACCGACUGCCCAACCCAGACACACCACAGGACUGGAACCACUUCCUGUCCUCAUUAGCCCACCUCCAGUUGUGUGCAAAAGCCAAUGGUGUGGGGGUGGAGAUGGUCUCCUCUACUACAUUUGGGCAAGAGGAGUUAGGUGGAACAGCAUACAAUUCCACCCAGAGUCCUCCAUCUAUCACCCAUUUGUCCCUCUCGGUACCGCUGGCUGUGAUGCACAGCUCAGACAGCCAGUCUAUGAGCAACGUCCACCUCCGUGCAAUGUUACUGGCCAGUCAGCUGGGCCUCACAGGUAAUGAGACUGUAAACGUUACACUGAUGUUCUCUUCUCAACCUGUGGAAGGCAACUUGCACACCUGCCUUACCAUCAGUGCACCUACACACAUCCUACCACUGACCCUAAGGCCACCUGUGUGCUCUGCUAGUGAAGGGACAUCCUAUCCUGUCAAAGCAGUUGCAACAGACACAAGCAGCCUGAAGCCACCAAUGUCAGAGUCCUGCUACAUUCUGCAGUACACACCGGAUUCCACACUUACAGCCAUGCUUACACAGAAGGAACUGGGUCUGGCGGGUAGGCAUCUGAUCCAGGUGAGUAUCUGCCUCCUGGGAGUAUGUGUGCUGCUCUUCCUCUCUGCCAGCCUCACACACACACACACCCGUCGCGACCACAACGGCCUGGACCAUCAAACGGAGCCACUGAUGGACUCCUGAAGCGGUCUUUACCAGACCAUAGAAUGCAUCUAAUACCCAGCAGAGAAGCAAGAAACAGGAUGGACUGACUUAAGGACACUGAGGUUGCUGUUGGGAUCUGACUUUAACCACAACUUCCAACUGCAGUUAUUGGUCUCUCGGCUCUUAUCCUAGUCUAGCUCCACUGUCUGCAGCUGCCAUGGAGGUUGAGCCUCCUGUCCAACACCGCCAGAGAUUCAGCCUGAAAAGCUCUCUCUUCAACUGCACAUUAGCGGCAGUAACACCUUUCCCAUUAUAUCAUUUGUGGUUGGCAGUACAAUGUUUAAUCAGCAUAGCUGCAUAUCUCCAUCUUAAUUUAAAGGCUGACAGGUGAAAUCAUCCAAAUGAAAUUUACAGUGCGAAACAAUAGUGAAAUGCUUACAAGCUCUUUGCAGACCUUAACUAGUUCAGUCUGCAAUAAAAAAAAUGUAAUAUAUAAAAACAAUAAGUAACAUGACUGUCUUCUAUUUACAGUAAUAUUGACACUAAAGAAGGUCUAUUCCCAUCACCUGCCUAGUGAAAACUACUGUGCUCAAUACCCCAGUAGGCCUUGAACUGCAUGUUUCCGAAAUGUUUGAAAACCCAUGUGAUUUGGAUGUAAACGUAAAGUAACGGUCUGUUGCUCUGGAAUCACAUAGCAUACAACACCUGGAGAUGUAAACCUUUUUAUGUUUUUUUUUACUUCUGAAAAGGCCUGCGUCAAUGUAGCCUGCGUCAAUGUAGCAAAACCUGAUCUGUAAGUUCCUUGUACUGUAUUAGUCACAUAUGAUCCCCAAGGAAGGUUGAAAUAAAGUUUUGGAGUUGACA